AUGCUUUCUUUAUUCAAAGACGAAACCUAUAUCAAUGAGCGUUUUAAAAACUGCCUUACAGAAACAAAAGUUCUUGAUUGGAAAUAUGAAAACGCAGUAAGGCAAAUACUUGACCUCGGAUUUCAGCCAUAUGACGUAGAAAUGGAUUUGAAAAAGCUUGGUGCAAUGUAUAAAUUUCUUGUAUACGAUAUCAAACACAGGCACUUGGCAAUAUAUUCAGAGGCUGAGAACCAGAAAAUCACCAACAUUAUUGAACAUCUGGGGUUCACUUUAUUGAAGAACAAAAGAAGGAGAAAAAGACUACUGAAAAAAAAAAUUUUUUUUGAUAAAUUACACAUAUCAGAAAAAUUUGCUCACCUUGCUAAAUACUAUGGUGUUGUGUUACAAAUCUUGGAUUUACAGAAAAAUAAUAUUCCCAGACGAUUCUUUAAACAUAUGCGCAAGAUGAAAGAAGAGUUGGGUUUACUGUUGCAGCCUCUAGUUACCCUUGAAGAACGUGAGAUGUUAGUUGAGAUUUCGAGUUGCCAGAACACAACAGAAAUCCAAGAGCUUGUAACUACUUGGUAUAGCAAAUUUGAUUUAUCAUCAAAUUGCAGGUUCAUUAGGUUCGCUUUGGUUGCAGGCUUAGAACUCUGGAAUUCAAAAGCUUUAACAAAAAAAGGACACGGGGAAGACUGGUUUAGAAUGCAUGUGUAUUCAAAUGUUUGGGACAAGGCGUUUUUUGAUGAUGAUGAGUUUGAAACCAAGCGUUCGGAAUGUCUCAGCCAAGUAAUGAAGCUUUUGAAAGAAAACAAUGGAGACACCAAACUACAAAAGCUUGAUUUUAUACUGCGUGAUCUCAAUACAAAUAAUGAUGUAAUAACGGCAGAAGAAAAGCCAACAUUGAAAGGUAUGAAAGCUGACGUAAAGAAGGGUGGAUUAUUGAAGAAGAAUACAUUGUAUCUUUGGUCAAAGCAAGUUAAAAGUCAUGUACUCAUGAAAGAACUAGAAUCGAUAUCAUGCCAAUGGCAAGGCACCAAGCUGACUAUUUACGGAUCUCGUUUAUUAUCUUCAGAUCUAAUUUUAACCUAUGUAAAAGGCUCCUUCCAUGUGCCAGUCUCUGCAAGUCAUCUCCCUGAAUUCUCUAAAUUGUUAAUGGCAGUAAUUUCAUUAAAGCGCAUGGCCAAGCUUAACUAUGCCAAGUUCACUCUAAUUUUGGAGGAAAAAUACAAGCAGGAAAUUGAAAACCUGAUGUUUGAUCAUGAUCCCUUAGAUGGAAUGAGUUUUGUAAGUGACAGCACGGAUAGCAACCAAAAAAGUGAGUAUGAUAUUGAGGACUUUGUUGAAAAUACAUUGGCCAAAGUGAAAAACCUGAAGGUGGGUGAGGAGGGCUUGAAACGAUUUUCUGAUUGGGAGGAAUUGCUGUUAUUUGAUCGUGUGAAGUGCAGAAAAAUAAGUAGAUAA